CAAUUAAUAAUUGUCAAACAACGCUUUGUAAACGUUUUUCACCAAUAAUUGCAAAUAGUGUAUUGUUUUUAAACUUUCUUUAAAAAUAUAAACUAAACUUUUCAAAAUGUCAUUAGCCGAUGAACUGCUAGCUGAUCUAGAGGAAGACAAUGACAACGACUUGGACGAGCUGCAAAAUAUGGACGAGGAAGAUGAGCCGGAAAAAGCACAAGAGUUAUCAGAAAAGUUACUUAAGCCACAACUCAACCUUAUGGAAGUUGAUGUGCAGGUACAAUCCGUUAGAGAUCUAUGUAAAUUGCGUGAUUCCGAACGACUGCAGUAUGUGUUAAAACAAAUCGAUCAGUACGGAAGUAGACAACGUACCGCUGCGGAGAUGCUGGGAAAUGUGGAGUCCGAUCCAGAGUAUCAACUAAUUGUUGAAGCAAAUGCAAUUGCCGUUGAUAUCGAUAAUGAAAUUUCCAUUAUACACAAAUUUACCAAAGAGAAAUACCAAAAACGUUUUCCUGAACUGGACUCAUUGAUUGUCGGUGAAAUUGAAUAUUUGUAUGCAGUGAAGGAAUUGGGCAAUGAUCUGGAGCAGGUAAAGAAUAAUGAGAAAUUGCAAGCCAUAUUAACGCAAGCAACCAUAAUGAUCGUUUCAGUUACAGCUUCGACCACACAAGGCACUGAGUUGACAGCCACAGAAAAGGCACAGAUUGAUGAAGCUUGUGAAAUGGCCAUUGAUUUAAAUAACUACAAAUCUCAUAUCUACGAGUACGUAGAAAGUCGUAUGACUUUUAUUGCACCAAAUCUAUCAAUGAUCGUUGGUGCUUCGACCGCAGCAAAAUUACUGGGUAUAGCGGGCGGUUUAACCAAAUUAUCGAAAAUGCCUGCUUGUAAUGUGCAAGUAUUAGGCUCACAAAAGAAAACUUUAGCAGGAUUCUCCAAAACACAAAUGCUACCCCACACUGGUUAUGUUUACUUCUCACAGAUUGUGCAAGAUACGCCGCCGGAUCUCAGACGAAAAGCAGCACGUUUAGUUGCAGCUAAGGCUGUACUUGCGGCACGUGUUGAUGCUUGCCAUGAGAGUGUGCAUGGUGAAGUAGGUUUAAAGUUCAAGGAGGAUAUUGAGAAAAAGUUGGACAAGUUGCAGGAGCCGCCGCCAGUCAAAUUUAUCAAACCAUUAAGUAAGCCCAUAGAGGGUAGCAAGAAAAAACGUGGUGGCAAACGUGUGCGUAAGAUGAAGGAGCGCUAUGCCCUUACGGAAUUCCGUAAACAAGCGAAUCGCAUGAAUUUUGGUGAUAUCGAAGAGGAUGCCUACCAAGGUGAUCUGGGAUAUUCGCGCGGUACAAUUGGCAAAACUGGCACAGGUCGUAUACGUUUACCACAAGUUGAUGAAAAAACCAAGGUGCGCAUUAGCAAAACGCUGCAAAAGAACUUACAGAAACAACAGGUCUACGGUGGUAGCACUACUGUGAAGCGACAAAUUUCCGGUACGGCUUCAAGUGUGGCUUUCACACCAUUGCAAGGUUUGGAAAUCGUAAACCCACAGGCUGCUGAGAAAUCGCAAACUGAGAAUAAUGCUAAGUACUUUUCCAAUACGUCUGGUUUCAUAUCUGUAGGCAAACGUACCAUAUAAAGUUUAAAAUAAAAAGAAAAUAUUCAAUAUUAUAUAAAUAUUAUAUUAUGCGAAUUUGAGCUAAAAUAUAAAACAAAAUUUA